UGUAGGAUAGAUUGGAAUUUUUCCUCAGUUUAUUAUUAUUCGAUUUUGCACAAUAUAAUUGUAAUAAUAUAGUUACAUACUUAUCCAGUACAUUUAUUUAGCAGAUUAUUUACACCUAUUACAGAUCACUGUAACAAUCAUCAAAAUGCUGAAACUAUUCUUUGUAAUCACUACUUUGAUGACAUUAGUGACGUUGGCAAGAUCCGAUGAGAUUAAGAACGAAUGGAUUUGCGAAGAGAGCGAUUUAAAAGGCAACUGCAGUAGCACACCUAAGUUUAAAUAUUUUAUCAAAGAAAUAAUUGAUAACAUUGAUAAUUACGAAUAUUCAGACAACUACUAUUGUCCAUUCAAUAUUGUGGAACGGUUCUCGAAGUGUGUAUACUCGUAUUAUGAUAAUUGUUUUGCAAAUAUGACUUUUCCAAUGAAAUAUAUGUUGUUGUUGAAUCUGCCACCACAGGAAGAUAACUUAAGGAUUCUCUGUACCAAAGACCGUUCUUACAAGCAGGAAUUUCUAGAACACCUGGUAUGUUUGAAUAUGGUAGAAUACGACCACGACGUACAAACCGAAGUACUGCGCAAACAAUGGCUACAGAAUCUAGUACUGCAAAAGUUGAAAUACCAAUCGAAGAUAAUAGACAGGGAUGAGCAAGAUAAACCGACGACAGACAAGGACAUACAAGAUAAACUAAAAAUGGAUCAAAUAGAAUUUCAGUUAUUACAUGACCUAAACCCUGAGAAAUGCCAAAAUUUGACAAACUUUUUACGGUCAUAUUACGUUAAAAUUCGUACACUAUGCGGAUUGAAGGCUGUAAAGUUUUUCCAACAAAUAUACAACAAUUAUUGGCCCAUAUCGGCGGUAAUGAAAAAUUGCAACAAACAAAUAUACUACAGAACAUGAUGCGAUGUACGAUCCAAAUAAAAUAUUUCAGAUUAUCAACGACGGCUACAAGCCAUUAAUUUUUAAAUUUAUAUAACUACGUUAUUAACGACUAAUUUACAUAUUAAAUGGUCUACGGAUUCGGGAUAAUUAACUCAAAUUAUAUUGUAUCAUUUUUUUUUUUAAAUUUUGUUACACUUAAUAAAAUAAUAUAAUACACUUGAAGAUA